AGCAGAAGCCUUGGAGUAUAUUAACAUUGUUAAAGGGAAAAAAAUGACUACUCUUAAAAGUUUAGAAAUUGAAGCUACCCUUCCUUCUACCCCAGUUCGAGGAGCAGGAGAUGGAAUGGAAACUGAAGAGCCACCUAAAUCGGUUGAAGUCACUCCGGGCGUCCAGUCUGUAAAGCAUCACAUCCAUCAGAGUCCACGGAAGACAGCAGUUGUAUCAGAGAGCCCAGGUUUUCUUCAGCUAGGGCAGAUUGUCACUGAAAAGUCAGUAGAAGUUGAGGCUAUAAGAAUAUUAGUCCCCAAAGCUGCUAUAACUCAUAAUACUCCUAACAAAAAUGCAAAGGUUAAAACUCUGGGACAUAAAGGAGAAUCCCUUGGUCAAUCAGACGGAGGUGUCAAUCCUAAGAAAGAACUAGCUGAAGUAAAGAGUGUAUUAGAAAAGCUUAAGAAUUCUGAAAAGAAGUUAUUACAUGACAAAGAAGGUCUUUCAAAUCAGCUCCGAGUACAGACAGAGGUAAAUCGUGAAUUAAAAAAGUUGCUAGUAGCUUCUGUUGGGGAUGAUCUUCAGUAUCACUUUGAACGUCUAGCCCGUGAAAAAAAUCAGCUUAUUUUAGAAAAUGAAGCCCUUGGACAAAGCAUAGCUCAGCUUUCUGAACAGUUAGAGCGCAUGUCAAUACAGUGUGAUGUGUGGCGAAGUAAAUUCCUUGCAAGCAGGGUUAUGGCAGAUGAGUUAACCAACUCCCGGGCAGCUCUGCAGCGUCAAAGUCGUGAUGCACAGAGUGCUAUACAAGAUCUCCUCAGCGAACGAGAACAGUUUCUUCAGGAAAUGUUAGCUACGCAAAAAUUAUUGGAGGAGCUUUUAGUUUCCUUGCAGUGGGGAAGAGAGCAGUCUUACUACCCUAAUGCACAGCCCCACAGCACAGCAGGACUGGCGGUAACAAAUCACAAGCUGGCAAAAGCAGUGAAUUCUCAUCUUCUUGGAAAUGUUGGUAACAACAGUCAAAAGAGGAUUCCAACCACAGUUGAAUUCUGCAGCACCCCAGCUGAAAAAAUGGCUGAAACGAUUCUACACAUUUUGGAUCCAGCUACUUGUACUGAAACUUCACCUGGCAGCCCAUUUUCUGAGUCUUCACCCGCUGCCUUUCUCACUACAAAGAAAAACAUUGGACGAUUUCAUCCCUAUACUAGAUAUGAAAAUAUAACUUUCAAUUGCUGUAAUCAUUGCAAGGGAGAGCUUAUUGCCCUUUAACAUGCAUUAGAGGCAUGAUA